AUGGGUACCAGUAUGGUUAUCCCUAACAGCGUGUUCUCGAGCUGGGAGGAGGAACUGAAUUCUGCUGAGGCGGUCGUUGCUGCUAAGGAUAAGGAGAUGUUGGAGUUGAAGAAUCGACUGAAGGGGAAAGAGCAGCUUGGUGCUUCCGAAGAGAAACUUCGUCUUGAACUCGCUCUUGUUCGCAGUAAGUUGGAGAAGGCUCAUAGCGAAUCUUCGUCUUCUAAAGCGGGUGAUGUCAAAGAAUUAUCAUGGCUUCGAAGUGAGAGGACUCGCCAAGCUUCUCGGAUCAGAGAGUUGGUGGAGAAAAUUAAGGAUGAGGCUGAUAAAUGGAACGGCCGGGCCGAUGAACAUAAUGAACUGGCGGCACAGUAUCGAGAAAGACGGGAGCAAAUGGUUGAUAUGCAGAACAGUUGGAAUGCCAAUCGUCGUCAGUUCAAUGGUGCUUUAUUGUGGACUCGUGAGAACCUACGGGAGGAGCGUGAGGAUAUUUCUCGUCUAGAAACCAAAGUAGCAAACUUGGAAGAAGAGCUUCGCCAGGAUCGUUCAUCCCUCUAUCCUGAUAUUAGGGGUUACAUCCAACGGCUUGUUCGGGAAAGGGACGAUGCUAGGGAAGAGGCUUGUGCCUUUAGUAACGCUUUAAGUACUUCUCGGGCCGAUGUUGUUCGUUUAAUCAAAUCUGAGAAAGAUCUUGAAGACGAGUAUUAUUUUCUCGAUGAAGCCCGGGACGCUGUAGUUAAUGAAUAUGAGAUAGAUUCGUCCAGUGUCGAAGAGCUCGGGGGACAUCUUAGCCUUGCAAAUGAAAAGCUUAAAGAGGCUCAAUCUUCCUUAGUGCACCAGCAGGAUCAGACUAAGUACUACGAAGGGUUGGCUAGAUCUCGAGACGACGCAGCGAAGGAGGCAGCCAAGGAAGUAUCCCGAUUGAAGUCUUCAUUUUCGCAGUAUGAACUCAAGGCCGGCGUUAUCGCAUAUAAGGCUCAUUGCCAGCUUUCCGAAGAGGUUAACAAUACCUUGACCAAGAUCGAGCAGAGCCUUCUGAAGGAUCAUGGCAUUGUUAAGAAGUACCCUCGUCGUCCUAUGCCUGAGCCCGUAACCUACACCUCCGAUCGUUCUUCGGGAGGAAGUGUCCCUUCGUCUCAGAAGAAGAAUCCAGCUGAUCACGUCGAGUCGUCCAAGGGGAAGUAG